CUUUUGUACACAUAUGUCCAAAAUGCUAUCGUGAGGAUUAUCUGAUAAUUAGUAGCUGAACUCAAAAUUUUAAUCAGCUAAGCAACAAAAUCCAGCUAUGGAGAAUAGAUACAACUACAAUGAAAGUCACUGGAUGUCAGAUGACCUACCUAAGGAGUCAUUGAGAUAUAUCAUCGCCUAUCAGCCCCGACUAGGAGUUGAGGAUGCCAUCGUCUACCUGCCGAACCGUGUCUACGCCCACCUGGACAAGCUGGCGAGCACUGUGAGGGUCAUGUUUUUUGACUUCUCCAGUGCAUUCAACAUCAUCUGCCCUGCUCUGCUGGGUGAGAAGCUGACAGUGAUGCAGGUGGAUGCUUCCCUGGUGUCAUGGAUUAUUGAUUACCUGACUGGCAGACCAAAGUACGUGCGCUUGCAACACUGUGUGUGAGACAGAGUGGUCAGCAGCACUGGGCCUCCACAGGGGACUGUCCUGUCUCCCUUUCUCUUUACCAUCUACACCUCAGACUUCAACUACAACACAGCGUCUCGCCAUCUUCCAUAGUUGGAUGCAUCAGCAAGGGAGAUGAGGCCGAGUACAGGGCUAUGGUGGGAAACUUUGUCACAUGGUACAAGCAGAAUCAUCUGCAGCUUAAUGUGAAAAAGACUAAGGAGCUGGUGGUGGACCAGAGGAGGGCCAAGGCACCGGUGACCCCUGUUUCCAUCCAAGGGGUCAGUGUGGACAUAGUGGAGGAUUACAGAUACCUGGGGAUACGAAUGGACAAUAAACUGGACUGGUCAAAGAACACUGAGGCUGUCUACAAGAAGGGACAGAACCAUCUCUAUUUCCUGAGGAGACUGAGGUCCUUUAACAUCUGCCGGAUGAUGCUGAGGAUGUUCUACCAGUCUGUGUUGGCCAGUGCUAUCAUGCUUGCUGUUGUGUGCUGGGGCAGCAGGCUGAGGGUAGCAGACACCAACAGAAUCAACAAACUCAUUCGUAAGGCCAGUGAUGUUGUGGGGGAGGAACUGGACUCUCUGAUGGUGGUGUCUGAAAAGAGGAUGCUGUCCAAGUUGCAUGCCAUCUUGGACAAUGACUCCCAUCCACUCCAUAAUGUACUGGUUAGCACAGGAGUACAAUCAGCCAGAGACUCAUUCCACCGAGAUGUAACACUGAGCGUCAUAGGAAGUCAUUCCUACCUGUGGCCAUCAAACUUUACAACUCCUCCCUCGGAAUGUCAGACAACCUGAGCCAAUAGGCUGGCCCUGGACUUAUUUCCACUUGGCAUGAUUAACUUAUUAUUAUUUAAUUAUUCAUGGUUUUAUAUUGCUAUAUUUCUUCACUAUUCUUGGUUGGUGCGGCUGUAACAAAACUCAAUUUUCCUUGGGAUCAAUAAAGUAUGUCUGUCUGUCUGUCUGUCCACAU